UGCUAAAUUGCUUGGCGCCCUUUUCAAAUGUUUUUGAAAGAAAUUGAGCUAAUUUCCUCAGGUAUCAAAGAGUUAACUCCUUCUAGGAUAACUAAUAAUUUGCUCAAAAGAAGAAAAUACCAACUUUUUAACCCAAACAAUAGGCCUUUUUUCACAGAAGACAUUUAAGAAUAAACAAGUGUGCUUUUCCCACUGUGAUAAAGUCAAAUAUGUGCUGUGAAAAAAGCCUGUUGUCUCUGAAUUCUCUCUCUGAAGAAUAAAAAAAUAUCUCAAAUAAAUCUUUAUAAGUUUGAGCAAAAUCUAUGUUUCAAUGUCCGUCCACAGUCAACCUGCAAACCAGGAGCUCACAGAGGUGCUAAAUCAACUCUGGCAGUUGGACACCAACCGUCUCAAGCCGGGAACGGAUUACAUCAUUUCCUUGCAGGGGAGGGCAGGUUAUGUGGCUCAGGGCAGCAACAAUGCCAGAGACAGGGCCCGGGCUCCGCUCUUCACAUACGUCAAUGAAGACAAACUCAAGAGUAUCGAGACAUAUUCACAUUUCAUUAACUUGCUGGACAACUAUGAAACAUCCACGGGUGUAGCGGAGACGGUGACGUCAGAGGAGCUGAAAGAGAACAGGCUCUUCAUCGAUUCCAUGAUGGAGACUGAAGUCAUGAAGCGUGCUCACCAGUUUCUGGUCAAGGAGGGGAAGUCAUCAUCAGACCCCGGACAGUUCAAGAGGCAGCUGUACGACAUCUGGUUCCGCCUCUACCACAGGGACAGGAGCGGAGGAGAGGAUUCCUGUGGAUUUGAACAUGUGUUUGUGGGAGAAACAAAGUACGGUCAGGAGAUCAUGGGUCUGCACAACUGGGUCCAGUUCUACCUGCAGGAAAAACACGACCAUGUUGACUACAAAGGCUACAAAGCACGAGACAACAAAGACACACCUGAUGAAGACGACCACGUCCUGAACCUGCAGUUCAGUUGGAAAGGUUUGGUGAAGCCGGUCGGCGGCUCCUUCAUCGGAGUCAGUCCAGAGUUCGAGGUGGCUCUCUUCACCAUCAUCUUCCUCAUGUCUAAUGAGAAGAUGACAUCCGUGGUGGUGAAAGUGGACGAGUACGUGCUGGAGCUGGUUGUCUAUCGGCACGGGCGGUCCAUCGGCACUUCCUUCCCCAAACUGCUCAGCAGCAACCACAGGGAUUUGUAAUAUCACACCACGUGAGCUGUCAGUGGUCAUGUUAACAUUUACAGUUUGUGUUACACUUUAAUUUCAUACCUACACAGUAUAAACCUAAGAAAAAUCUGGAUCAGGUUCUCUUUGCACUAAACGUCAGGCUCAGACUGUGUAUAAAGUUUUUAGCCUAAACCUCCUGAUCUGGACUGAUAUCAUUGAAGGAAUAUUGCUUUUUUUAAUCAUAUAUCUGUAUUCUGUAUACCGUCAUUAAGUAAUUAAAAUACCCUCUAUUUACAAAAUAGUGUUGACAUUUUUAUUCUUUUUUGAUCGAGAAAUUAGGC